CAGACUGGAAGCUCAUACUGGAAACAGUCCAUUACUCAGCUGACGGCUGUUAAAGUGUUUUGGGUAGUUUGCAACACUGCACACAAGCACAGCAUCAAUAUUUUUGUGGUCCAACUUAUUGGACAAAAAUUAAGACUUGGCCUAGAGGAAACUGGCCAAACGGAUGCUGCCAUGCAGCGAACUCAACAAGAGCAAAAGCAAUUGAAGCUGCAACAGCAAACGGAGCAGCAGCAACAGCAUCAUCAUCAUCAUCACCACCAUCACCAACAACAACAGCAACAACAUAAUAGCAAUGGCACACGAAUUGCAAGUAGUAGCAAUACCACGCCCACAUCAACAACAACGAAUGCGGCUACUGUUGGUGGGGGUGUGAGUGGUGGUGUUGGGGCAUCAGGAGUGACACCGCCUCGUACCCUGGCAUUGAAUCAGAACUAUGCCGCCUCAGAUACAUCGGGGGAGCAUGAUGGCGAUGCGGAUUAUCCGGAUUCGCGUUACGAAUGCGCCAUAUGCAUCGAUUGGUUAAAUGAGCCCGUGUUGACAUCAUGUGGUCAUCGGUUCUGCAAGAGUUGCCUCAGCGAUUGGCUGCAGAAUCACAAUCAGUGCUGUCCAUUGGAUAAUAAGCAACUGUCGGCGGAGCACGAUAUCUUUCCGGAUAACUAUACGCGCCGUGAGAUUGAGCAAUUGAAGCACAAGUGCCCAAAUUCACCACAUGGCUGUGCCGUUGUUGCCUCGCCCAUUGAGCUGCAUCGUCAUUUGCCCAGUUGUCCGUACCGCCGCCAGCAGCAGCAACAACAGCCGCUGGAGGAGAAGUGUCCAUUUGCGAGCAUCAAGUGUGAUUUCGUUGGACGGCCCGAGACCAAUCAGCUGGAGGAGCAUCUCAAAACGGAUAUGCCACAUCACAUGCAACUCAUGUUGCAGGCAUUCCAACAAACAGCCAUUGCCACCUGGCAGCCACACAAGCCGCAUGAAAAUGGCCAUAAAACCGGACAAUUGCCACCGCCACCGCAAUAUGCGAAUGGUGUGGAUGAGCAAAUCGUACAGACCAUGUACCAGAGAAUUGUGGUGCUGGAGCAGCGGGCACGGGAGCAGGAGACCCGCAUCGAGAAUCUUCACAAGCAACUGCGACGCCAGCAACCGAUCGAUGCACGUUAUAGCAACGGCACCAUCGUCUGGCAGAUUGAACAGUUGGGUGCACUGGUGGAACGGCUGCGUGCCAAUGCGAAUAAUCAAGCGUAUUCGCAUGAAUGCUAUACAUCUCCAUAUGGCUACAAGUUCUGUGCCCGCCUCAAUAUCCAACCACGUAAACCGCAUUUGCUCAGUUUGCAUGUGCAUCUGAUGCAAUCGGAGAAUGAUUUCCAUUUGGAUUGGCCAUUCAAGGGCAGGAUUAAGCUGUGCAUGGUGCAUCCUGGGGAUGCGAAUCUAUCCCAACAUGAUACCAUCAUGACAAAACCAGAGAUACUUGCCUUCCAUCAGCCACGUGAGGCGAUCAGCACUCGGGGAUUUGGAUUUAUCGAGUAUGCCAACAUAUCGAACAUCAUGCACUUGGGCUUCUGUGCCGACGAUCGACUCUUGAUCAAGAUUGACAUCAAUAUUGUCUAAUAUAAUAUACUAAUACUAUAUAGACUUUAUCGUUAUAUAUACCAUUAAUCAUAGGCGCAUAUGUAUAUUUUAUAUAGAACUAUUAGUCACACAAUUAGCACUACAUCACAGCCAAGCAAUUUUUAUAGCGUAGUUUAGACGCAUAUAUACAUAUUAUACAUAUACAUAUAAGUAUAAAUAACAACGACAACUUGAAUCAGGCAAUUUUUGAAUAUUUACAAAUUUUCAAAAAAAAAAAAAAAAUAAGAAAAUAAGCAAUAAUACUCAUCUUUUUCCUCAACAAUUGCUUGUCGAAAACUUUCACAGUUUACUAUUCCGUAAAAAUGUCUGUCUAUAUCUUAUCUAGUCUCCCAGUCUUAAAUUUAAAAUUUUACACAUUCCAUUCAAUUGUUUAUACUUAGUUUGUAAUCCUCUCAAAAAUGAAAGUCAAUUUGAUUGAAACAUACAAAAAAAAAAAAAAACAACGUCCAUUAUGUUAUAAAUAUUUUAUAUUUUUAACCUAGCUAAGGUUUUUUUUGUGUGUAGUUUUAAAUCCUGGCAUAUAAGGAGCAUUAUUCACAGUAUCAUAUAGUAGUAAUUAUACAUAUACAUUUAUAUAUAUAUAUACAUAUAUAUAUAAUUAAAUAAUUGUGUAGUAAUUAAUUAGCGAGCGCCGCACCAAAAAUAAAUAAAGGACACUUUUGUACCGACAA